AUGUUUAUAUUCUUAGCCAUAAGUUUAGUUUGUAAAGCACUUGGUGAUAAUGCGUACAACAUAGAGCAGUGGUCCGACGAAGGGGAACUCUUUUCUCAACUACAACAGUCAGACUGUGUGAAGAAAGCAUUGGAGAUCCUUUAUCCCAAUUGCAUUGAUGGUGUUGAUGGUGUUAGUCCUGGAAUUAAACGGAACGUGGCAAUAGAGUUAUCCAAAUGUGAAUGGAUAGCUUCCGGCGUGGCAUAUCCAUCCACUUGUCUUUUGAGUGACAACUAUGAAACUUGUGUUUUGGAUAUCCACAGCUCAGAUCAGUUAUGGACUACUUAUAGCGGGAACUUCCGUAGAACCGCCAGUUACUGUUAUGAGUUCCUGGUACCUAUGGAGAAGGACCAGAUCCUUCAAUUGUAUGAGAACAUUACCAAGAUAUAUACUACAUUCCAUGGUUCAAUUAAGAACAGAAACGAUGAAAUUCAUACUAUGAAUGACCAUAUCAGCCAUCAACUACAAGACCUGCUUGAUAUAGUGAACCAGAUAUUGGACCAAUGGGGUGAUAUUUUUGAAACCAGUGAGUCAUAUUUGGUACAGCUUGAAGAAGUAUUAAACACUAGCAUUGAAGUGGGAUUGGAUUCAUUAUCAAAAGCUCAAGACAAUGCACGGAGUGAAAUGGACUUAAUGAUAGAAUUAAUAGUUAGUUCCAUCAAUUCUGCUGUCAAUAGUACAGUUGUUGAUGUCAUUGAAAGUCUUCAACAGUUGGAAUCACAGAGCAAAGACACUUGUUUGACUAUCCAGAAGGACUCUCGGGAAAUGAUGUAUGAAUUUUCAAUUGAACUUGAUGGAAUACUUACAGAGACUAAACAGCUGGCAUUGGAGUUUCAGCUUCAACAAGAGUUGGUCAAUGAUUUCUUCCAGCAUCAAUUAGCAGAUAUAUUAAGAGUCAUGAGAUCAGAAUAUGAACUGUCAUUGCUUUCGCUCUCUGAUACCUUGGAUUCUCGGACACAAGAGAUGUUGGAGAGUCUUGAGACCAAACUUGAAGAUGAGAUGGUCAGUUAUAUGACAUCUAUUCAUCAAUAUAUGGGCCUAUUGAAUGAUACCAUAGUUGAGAUUUCAUUACUGGCAAAUGCUACUGGAGUUUUGUUUCAAUCAUUGAAGAGGCUAUUACCAGACUUUCCUACAUUAUUGGUACGACGACUUGGAAGUGCCCUUUGGCUAUCGAUUGUCUUACUAACCGUAUUUAGGUGGGGUAACUUUUCGGUUCUAAUUCCCUUUGCUUCAGGGUUACUCUUGAUGAUGUAUUUGUUUACAUCCUACAACACCCAAGGAUAA